AUAUUAUUUUGUUAUUAAUUCUCAAAUGAAGGCUGCACAUUGUUGUUUGCAACUCCGGAGGCGGGAGUUAGUAUGGAAACAAGUGAAUGGGCAAUGCAAGAUUUCUAUUCCUUGAGGAAAGAGGUGGAGACUACCUCAGAACGCGUCGAAGAAAUUAGGGCUGCUUCCGGUCUGAAGCAGCUCAAAGAAAAUCUUGAAGAUUUGGAGGCAGCAGCAGCAGAUAACUCUCUGUGGGAUGAUCGUGCCAGAGCUCAGCAGACCCUUCAGUCUCUGACUGACGUGAAAGACAAAAUAAAACUUCUUAAUGACUUCAAAUCGCAGGUUGAUGAUAUUGAAACAAUAAUUAAGCUUACUGAGGAGAUGGACUCAAUUGAUACGGGGCUCCUUGAAGAGGCUGCUGGAAUUGUUAAACAACUGAACAAGGCAUUGGAUCGAUUUGAAUUGACCCAACUUCUUUCUGGCCCCUAUGAUAAAGAAGGUGCUGUUAUUGCAAUCACAGCUGGUGCUGGGGGAACUGAUGCACAGGAUUGGGCUGACAUGCUUCUCAGGAUGUAUGUAAGAUGGGGUGAGAAACAGCAAUACAAGUCAAAAGUGGUUGAGAAGUCCCUGGGAGAAGAAGCGGGAAUUAAGUCUGCCACUAUUGAACUAGAUGGACGGUAUGCCUAUGGGUAUUUGUCUGGCGAGAAAGGAACUCAUCGAAUUGUGCGACAAUCCCCUUUUAACGCCAAAGGCCUUCGCCAGACAAGCUUCUCCGGUGUCGAAGUAAUGCCGCUUCUUCCCGAGGAGUCAAUGGAUGUAGAAAUACCUGAAGAAGACUUGGAGAUCAGUUUUUCUAGAGCAGGUGGAAAAGGUGGCCAAAAUGUAAACAAAGUCGAAACUGCAGUGCGCAUUACUCACAUCCCCACUGGAGUGACUGUUCGUUGCACAGAAGAGAGAUCCCAACUAGCAAACAAGAUCAAAGCUAUGAGCCGAUUAAAAGCAAAACUACUAGUUAUAGCAGUGGAACAAAGGGCAUCCGAGAUCAAGCAAAUUAAAGGAGAUGUUGUGAAGGCCGAGUGGGGCCAACAAAUACGUAAUUACGUAUUCCAUCCGUACAAGCUCGUUAAAGAUGUUAGGACAGGACAUGAAACAUCAGACAUUGCUUCUGUAAUGGAUGGUGAGUUAGAUCCCUUCAUUAAAUCUUACCUUAAAUACAAGUACAGUACAUCAAUGUCUACUACCAAUCAAGAAUAAUUAUAAUAGAAAUGUAAUUUAGAUACUUCCAAAUUCUUUUCUAUUCCUAUUAUGUAUCCGUUUGCGCUCUUACAAUGGAAUCAACGGAAAUGGAUAAUUUGUCAAAUAUUGAAUA